AUGGGCUUCCUUUCUUCCAUCUUCAAAAAGACCAAGAAGACCAACUCUUCUUCCUCCAACCAGAAGCAGCACAGGUCUACCAAAACUGAUCCUACCAGGGCAUCGGCCACAGCUUCCAUGCUGAGUACCGGUUCCGAACACAGCGGAACUGCACUGUCCCAGGAAGACCCCAUUCCUUCUGAUGCCCCAAAGGAGCUCCGAGUUGUGAGAGAGUGGAUCCGAGCCAAGGAUGAGCACAACUUGGAAAAGUGCCAGGAACUGACUACUGAGAAUUGCCGCUUCACAUUCACAGAUUCUGAAACUGAGAUGCCAGCUCACGAGUUAUAUGAAUCCCUGGUGGAUCUCUUUGCCUCCUUUCCUGAUCUUCACUUCUUUUGCAAGUCCUUGAAGGUUCAGGGCCCUUCCACUAACAGAAACAACCCUGGCAUUGUUGUGGUGGCCAAGGACUACUAUGGGAUUGGAAAGCACACAGGAGCGCCAUACUUCUUUGGCCCUUAUCCUCCUGUGGAGCCAACUGGUAAGACAGUGAGAGAUGAGAACAUUGAGUUCACUUUCACUGUGAGAGAUGGCAAAAUUGUGGAUGCUGACAUCUAUGCAUUCGGAGAGAUGGUUGGUCCUCCAGGGUUCUACACCAAGGUUGGUGGUAUCUUGUUCUAA